AUGAGUUCACAAAACUCCCCAGACGGUUUAACGUUGAUCAGCGAUGAAACGUCGAUCGGCGAAGUGGUUCGUGAUAUCGUUAGCAAGGGUCCGCAUGAGGAUCCGAUUCACGUGUUGGAUCUGGAUGAUGUAGUUCGUAAGCACAAAAACUGGUGUGAGCAGAUGCCACGAGUGAGUCCUUUCUAUGCGGUGAAGUGCAAUGACGACCCACGCAUUCUGCAAAUAAUGGUAAAGCUCGGACUCGGGUUUGACUGUGCAUCGAAGGGUGAGCUGGAACGCAUGGUAGACUUGGGUGUGGAACCGGAGCGGAUCAUCUUCACGCAGCCGGCCAAAUCCAUACCGUCCUUGUUGUAUGCUCACUCGAAACAGGUGUCCGUCAUGACGUUUGAUAGUACGAUCGAGUUGGAGAAGAUUCACCAGCACUUUCCGGAGGCCCACCUGGUGUUGCGAAUACGCCACGAUGCGCUGAAGGUUCGGUGCAUGUUGGGCAAGAAGUUCGGUUGUGAUCCUGUCAAUGAGGCACCGACAUUGCUACGUAAGGCAGCCCAACUGCGGUUGAAUGUAGUAGGUAUCAGCUUCCACGUAGGGUCGGACUGUGAAGAGCACGAAGUUUACUAUGAUGCAGUGAAGGUCUCACGAGACUUGUUCGUGUUUGCUAAGAGUAUUGGGUAUGAGUUAAGCCUUGUAGACAUUGGUGGUGGAUUCCCGGGCGAAAAAAAUAAACCUAUCGAUAGGUACGCUCGAGUAAUUAACCGAGCUAUCGAUCAUUUCUUUCCGGCGGAAGAAAAUGUUCGGAUAAUUGCGGAACCGGGGCGAUACUACGUGGCCUCCGCGGUCACGCUGGUAUCGUUCGUGCAUUCCAAACGUUUCGUGACAGACCGCCUGGAAGAUGGAACCGAGCGGACAAGGGUUUUCUACUAUCUCAACGACGGUGUAUACGGAACGUUCUUUAGUGCGGCGUUCGAGGGUCAAGUGCCUGUUCCGAUCAUACAGCGCAAGGUCGGAGCCAAAGAGUACAGCUCAUCCGUUUGGGGCCCAUCAUGCAAUAUUCUUGAUCUGAUUUUACCGGACAUACUCCUCCCGGAGCUAGACAUCGGGGACAGUGUUGUGUUCGAGAACGUUGGAGCAUACUCGACAGUCCGAGCUUGUCAGUUCAAUGGAUUCCCUCUACCAAAGAUAAUUGCUUACCUACGCGAAGGAACUUGGUCAGUAGCAGCUGUACUUACUACUUAA